AUGGGAGGAUACGCAAACUCAGGGCUCGCCUCUGCCGAGCUGUUGAUGGCCGCCAAGCGCGACUCGCUCGACAACCUCGCCAGCGAAACGUCCACCUUCGUCGCCGCAGACAUGGGCUACGUGAUGUUCUGUACCGUGGGAGUCAUGAUCCUGACCCCGGCCAUUGGCCUUUUCUAUGGAGGAAUGCUCAAGAAGAAGAACAUCAUCCAGAUGCUGUUCCAGUCGUACAUGGUCACGUGCACCAUCACGAUCCAGUGGUUUUUGUUUGGCUACUCGUUGGCCGUUUCGGUGUCUCCAUCGCACGUUUGCGGCAACUUCACGCUUGGUGCGCUUGCCAAGCUGGGCGCCGGCCCGUUUAUUGAAGGCGGAACCAUUCCGUCCAUCAUCUACUUCACCUUCUCGGCGUUUUUCCCAAUUGCAACCGUGCAGAUUUUCGUCGGAGCCAUUGCUGAGCGUGCACGCAUUGUGCCGUCGCUGGUGGUUGGCUUCAUCUGGUGCACGGUGUGCUACUGUCCGUUCGCAUACGCCACAUGGGCCGGCAACGGCUGGCUGUACAACCUGGGCGCAUUGGACUUUGCUGGCGGAGGACCGGUGCACAUUGCUUCCGGUGUUGCUUCUCUGGCCUUUUCGCUGUUUGUGGGCAAGAGAAAGUACUGGAAAGACCCAACCACGAACAACGACUACAAGCCUCAGAACGUGAUCGCCACGUUUAUCGGUGUGUCUGUGAUCUGGUGCACGUGGCUGUGCUUCAACUCGGGAACGCUGCUGGCAGUCAACACGAGAACCGGCUACAUCAUGGCCAACACGCAGAUCGCCGCCUCGGUGGCCAGUUUCACCUUCACCGUCGUGGACUACCUCAUGGAGGGCCGUUGGAGUCUGGUGGCCGCGUGCGAGGGUGCUGUUGUCGGGCUGGUGAACAUCACCCCUAGUUGCGGCUUUUACACCCCCUACUGGGCGUUCAUCACCUCCAUCUUUGUGUCUGCGUGCUGUCGUCUGUUGUACAACGUGAACGAGUGGAUCGGCAUCGACGACACCACGCGGUCGUUCGUGGUGCACGGCAUUGGUGGAAUCCUCGGAUCAAUGUGUCUGGGAGUGUUUGCUUCGCCAUACAUUGCUGGACUGGACGGAGUCACCGAGAUCGACGGCGGCUGGAUCUACCACAACUGGAACCAGAUGGGCUACCAGUUUGCUGGGUGGGUCAGCACGUCGGUGUGGUCGUUUGUGGCCACCUACGCGAUCUGUUUCAUUGUCGACAAGAUCCCCGGUUGCAAGCUCAAGGGAAUCGAGGAGGCCGAGGAAAUGGGCAUGGACUUCUACGAGAUGGCCGAGCAGGACGGUGUUUUCGAGUACACGGGCAGAAAGAACUCGGGCGUGUCUUUUGGCGAACACAACGUGAUCGAAGGCACAGGCACCUCGAGCGAAAUCCACGAGGGUAAAGUGCAACACCACGUUAAGAGCGAAGAGGUUUAA